GAAACACGUCUCUACGCUUCCACCUCAUUCCAACACGUGUCACCUGACACGUGUCCCUCCAAAAAAUACCAAUAAAUGUAAACGAUGAAGAAAUAAAUUUCUCCUUUGAUUGAUGAAAAAAAAAAGGAACAAAAAAGAUCGUCACCUUUUAUUCGAGUUUUGAGGUGAAAGGGAAGGAGACAGUUAGAAAGAGAGUGGAAAUGGCAGGUGCGGGUGCAGGAGGAGGGUAUGGGGACGCGAACCAGAGGAUAGAUUACGUCUUCAAGGUGGUGCUGAUUGGUGACUCUGCGGUGGGGAAGUCACAGAUUCUAGCGAGGUUUGCCAGGAACGAGUUCAGCUUGGACUCAAAGUCCACCAUCGGUGUUGAAUUUCAGACGCGGACUUUGCUCAUCGAUCACAAGACCGUUAAGGCUCAGAUCUGGGACACGGCUGGCCAAGAACGCUACAGAGCAGUUACAAGUGCAUACUACAGGGGUGCUGUGGGGGCAAUGUUGGUUUAUGAUAUCACUAAACGCCAAACCUUUGAUCACAUACCCCGGUGGUUAGAAGAGCUGCGCAACCAUGCUGACAAGAACAUAGUGAUAAUUCUGAUAGGAAACAAAUGUGAUCUUGAGAACCAGCGUGAUGUACCCACCGAGGAUGCAAAAGAAUUUGCUGAGAAAGAAGGGUUGUUUUUCCUAGAGACCUCAGCACUGGAAGCAACUAAUGUUGAAACAGCCUUCGUAACUGUCUUGACAGAAAUAUACAACAUCCUCAACAAGAAGAAUCUAACUGCUGAUGAAAGUCAGGGAAAUGGUAACUCCGCAUCUUUGUCUGGCCAGAAGAUUAUCGUUCCAGGCCCUUCACAGGAACUUCCUGCUAGGAGGAAUAUGUGUUGUCAAGCAUCUUGACUUAUUUAUAAUUAAUUUCUAUAGUGUAUCUCAUGCUUGUGUUCUUGUUACCAAAUUUUAAAGGUUUUGGCGCAUUGCUUUUUGUACAUUUAAAUUUAAUUUGUUUGGGUUGCCGAGUAAACCACUAAAAUGAACAAUUGCGUGGUUCAAUAUAUACGUGAUUUUUGUAGGUGAA